UCACGGAUAGGAGGCACUGAUAGACAACACUGAUAGGUGGCACUGACUGGCAUCACUGCUGGGCACUGACUGGCGGCACUGCUGGGCACAGGUGGGUGGCACUGCUGGGCACAGGUAGGUGGCACUUCUGGGCACAGGUUUGUGGCACUGCUGGGCUGCACUGAUGGGUGGCACUGGUGGGCACAGGUGGGUGGCACUGCUGGGCACAGGUAGGUGGCACUGCUGGGUGGCACAGGAGGGUGCACUGCUGGGCACAAGUGGGCGCACUGCUGGACACAGGUGGGUGCACUGCUGGGCACAGGUGGGCGGAACUGGUGGGUGGCACUGCUGGGCACUGAUCAUCAGUGCCCUGAUGAUC